AUGAUUAUUCGAAUGUUAACGCAGCUAUUUUCGCGCCGAUGCUCUGUGAAGAAAACAAUCUUCAUUUUAUUUUCAUUGCUUGUGAUCAGACAAGUUGUGAACGUUUAUUUUCUACCGAGGUCUCAACAUGCACGACAUAUACACGGGAAAACGCAUACUUUAAAAAAAUAUGGUGCACGGUCAGAAGUGGAUUCCAGUGGCCAAUUUCGAACGCGUAAGUUCUUCGUUGCUAGCGAAGCUCUCGUCUGGGAUAAAGUAGCUGAAGAUGAUGUUACCAUAGUAACCCAUAGUUCUGUUAGUGAUCUCCAUCACUUGGUAGGAAUGGCGGAGAGAUGGGAGGGACCGAUUUCGGUAGCUGUGUUUUCGACAGAUAUUUCAUUGUUUGCGAGUAGUGUGUCCAAUCUGAGACGUUGUUUUCCUUUGGUCAAACAACAUGUGACGUUUCAUCUUGUUACAACCAUUGCACCCGGCAAAGCUGAAAUUUCCAAUGAUGAAACAAUCCUGAAAGUUCCAUGCGGUAUGGUUUUACACGUGACACGAAACCUAGAGGACGAAAGCUAUUCCUCUGAUGACAAUCCGGCAUACCCGAUAAAUAUUCUGCAAAAUGAAGCUCUCAAAGGCAGUAUCACAAAGUACAUUUUAACACUAAAUGUUGAUCUGAUGCCAAAUGCAAAUCUAUUGAAGAAUUUUAAACUGUUCACAGAUGCAAUAGAAGACGAUGCCGCAAUACAGAAUGUUUACAUCUUGCCAGAUUUUGAGAUUUGUGAUGAUGAUGUACAUGAGACUCCAAAAUACAAAUCGGAGGUAUUAGAUCUUUGGCGAGAAGGCAAAGAUCUGAUUAGACCCUAUCGUUAUGCAAUGUGCAGAUCGUGCCAUAACCAUGGCAACUACACCAAAUGGAGACAAAUAUUGCCUUCUGCUACAAAUACUCUAGAUUCUUCCUAUGAAGUUGAAUUCAGAUAUCCAUGGCAACCAUUUUACAUUUCAAGCAGAGACGUACCGUUGUACGAUGAAGGAAUAUUGAUACCAGCAUCCCUCAGUAGGGCAACCCAGCUUUGUGAACUGAAUAUAAUUGGAUACAAGUUCAUGGUACUCAGUGAUGGAUUUGUUGUUCGACGUGGAUUUACAACUGAGAUUAAACCACUGGAAAUGGGCAUUGAAAAUCCACAGACUAAGUCACAAUUCAAAGAGCUGGAACAAAUAUUGAAAGAACGUCACCCAUCCUCACAAAACACAUGUUUUUAG